GCCAGACACAGGGCACAGGGAUGCAGAAAACUAUUCCUGGCUGCUUCUUCCAGCAAAUGUAUUCUUCCCUAACUGGCAUUUUGAUGGAGAGAGACCACAUGAAAGACCUGAGGAGAUACCUGGCACUUAAAUACAUCCAAUACCUUGUCCUGUCUUCUUCCCAUGCCCUCAGCACCCUGCUGGGCCUGCUGGGCAGCGUGUACACCAUGAUCACCCUGCAGUCUGCCAAGGUUUCCUCCAAGUCCACUGCAGUCCUCAUCUCCAGCCUGGCCAAGGCAGACAUGCUGGUUUUGGUGAGCCUGCUUUUGCAGGCGGGUUUAUGGACCUCCAGUGCCAGUGUCUCACCCGUGGCAGCUCUGGCGCGGAACCUGCUGACGGCGAACGCCCACCUGAGCUGUGUCCUGCUCAGCUGUGUCGCCCUGGAGGCCUAUCUGAUCACCUUCCUCCCCACGGAGUCACGGCACCUACGGACCGUGAGGAACGCCAGGAUGGCAUCCAGGCUCAUCUGGCUCCUGGUGGCCGCAGAGUGUGCCCUGUUCCAGGCGGACGAUCUCCUGACGGCCGGCGGCGCCUCUGCUCCCACCCACGGCCCCUGGGCCCUCUUGUCUCCCCUCCCCAGCACGGCUGCGGCCCUUCUCAGGUCCCUCAGUUACAUCCUGGGCAUUCUCCUGAGGAUUUUCAAUGUCUACAUCUACUACAAGAUAUUUUUCAGCGUGUCUAACAGGUCUAGGCUAAAAUCAAAGUAGAGCCUGUUCCCGGGGGACGCGGCGCCGUGACAGCCAACAGAAGGUUCUUCAAACCAGUUUCAAACCAUUGGUUUGGAAACUGUUCAAUAAGCAGGACCAAGGCUCGUGUUUGGGCUCCCCAUGGAGUUUAAACCCUCCUGUUUCCUGGUGCUGUGGUUAUGGAGGGGAGCUGGGGCUGAGGAGCCCCUGGGCACUGAGCCAGCUGUGUCUUUGGUUAGACUUUAUUCACCGUACAGGUGGAAAAAAUGACAUUUCAGGAAGGGUUGUAAGGCAACCCCAAUAUUUUUUAUAUCAAAAGGGUGCUUAGAGGAUUACUCAGGGAUCUGUUGAGCCAAUAUGUAGUUGUUUACUAAAGACAUGAUCUAUGUCCUAAAAUAUCUCUAACUCAGGUGACCCACCAGACUCAGCAGGUGGGAUGGAGAGACAAGGUGAGCACCAAGCUGGGUUGGAUGGGCACUGAACAGGCUCCCCAGGGCAGUGGGCACAGCACCAAGGCUGCCAGAGCUUCAGGAAGGUUUGGAUGAUGGAUCCUGGGGAUGGGCCUGUGCAGGGCUGAGGGUUGGACUGGAUGAUCCUUGUGUGUCCCUUCCAACCCAGCACAUUCUGUGAUUGAUUCUGUGACAAUCCCCAGUGCACGAGUGGCCAUAGACACUUCCACCCACUCCUACCCUUUGCCUGGGAGACACCCCAGAUCCAACUCCAGACUGUUGGGAGACUGAACCUCUCAAUAUGUUCUGCCACCCCCAGAGCGUGGCUGUGGAGCCAGCAGUGAGUGCUGGGUGCUGACAGGGCUUCUCAGGAGACCUGAAAGGAAGCUCUGCUGAGGGCUGGGUAACCACAAAAGGCAGAGCAGAAAUGCACUCGAGUCAAUUAAAGCCCUUUGAUGCGUGUUGUCGAACAAAGCUGAUCCCCGGGGCAGGAGGGGUGUCCUGGUGCACUGUGAUACACUGCUCUUAGUCUUGAAAUGAGACACUCUCAAGAGGGAUGAAAUGCUACUUGAA